GCUGCCGGUCGGCUCUACUUUCCGCUGGCAUCAUUUGCGCCUCACCGUUAACGGUUAACGGCUGCGUAUCAUUUUUAACCUUUUACUCUGAAUUAAUCUGCUUAUUAUUAUUAUUUUUUUUUUCAUUUUCGUGUGAACGGAGCGACUCUUUGCCGAGGUGUUCGAUGAAACUCUGCCUUAUGCCCGUUCCUCUUAAUUUUUUUGUUCUCUCCUCAUUAGAGCAAUAGCUGACGUUAACGUCAACUGAAAAAAAAAGGAGGGCAUUUUUAUUUCUUCUACGAGACUUCGUCUUCUCCGCCUUAAUUAAAGAAGACAACUCUACUGGUUCAGAGUCGAGACUAAAAAAAAAAGCGGUUCAUCUUCUGAGGAGACCCGACUCACAGCGCCGAAAUGGGGUAUGGACGGUCGGACAGCUACCGCGUGGCCACCACGCAGGACAAGGAUGAGAAGGAGUCGCCCAAGAAGAAGGGAGGCAAGGAUCUUGAUGACCUGAAGAAGGAAGUUCCCAUCACGGAACACAAAAUGUCUGUUGAGGAGGUUUGCCGGAAGUACAACACUGAUAUUGUGCAGGGUUUGACCAACGCCAAGGCAACAGAGUACUUGGCCCGGGACGGCCCCAAUGCCUUGACUCCACCCCCUACAACCCCAGAGUGGGUCAAGUUCUGUCGCCAGCUGUUCGGAGGUUUCUCCAUCCUGCUGUGGAUCGGUGCCAUCCUCUGCUUCCUGGCCUACGCUAUCCAGGCUGCCACAGAGGACGAGCCCGCUGGGGAUAACUUGUAUCUGGGUAUUGUGCUGUCAGCUGUCGUCAUCAUCACCGGCUGCUUCUCGUAUUUCCAGGAAGCUAAGAGCUCCAAGAUCAUGGAGUCCUUUAAGAACAUGGUCCCUCAGCAAGCUCUGGUGAUCCGUGAGGGAGAGAAGAUGCAGAUCAACGCUGAGCAGGUGGUGGCUGGAGACCUGGUGGAGGUGAAAGGAGGAGACAGGAUCCCCGCUGACCUCCGCAUCAUUUCCUCCCACGGCUGCAAGGUGGACAACUCAUCCCUCACUGGUGAAUCAGAGCCCCAGACCAGGUCACCUGACUGUACCCAUGACAACCCCCUGGAAACCCGCAACAUUGCCUUCUUCUCCACCAACUGUGUCGAGGGAACUGCACGUGGUAUUGUUGUGUGUACCGGCGAUCGUACAGUGAUGGGCCGUAUUGCCACCCUCACCUCAGGCCUGGAGACUGGCAAGACACCCAUUGCUAAGGAGAUCGAGCACUUCAUCCACAUUAUCACGGGAGUGGCCGUCUUCCUCGGCGUGACCUUCUUCAUCCUGUCAAUUAUCCUGGGUUACAGCUGGCUGGAGGCCGUCAUUUUCCUCAUUGGUAUCAUUGUGGCUAAUGUACCUGAGGGCCUGCUGGCCACAGUCACUGUGUGCCUGACGCUCACUGCCAAACGAAUGGCUCGUAAGAACUGCCUGGUGAAGAAUUUAGAGGCUGUGGAAACUCUGGGCUCCACCUCCACCAUCUGCUCAGACAAGACGGGCACCCUGACCCAGAACAGGAUGACGGUCGCCCACAUGUGGUUCGACAAUCAGAUUCAUGAAGCUGACACCACUGAGGACCAGUCUGGCUGCUCCUUCGACAAGAGCUCUACAACAUGGGUGUCUUUGGCCCGUGUUGCUGCACUGUGCAACCGUGCCGUCUUCAAGGCAGGUCAGGAAUCCUUGCCGAUUCUUAAGCGUGAGGUCGCCGGUGACGCCUCUGAGUCAGCUCUCCUGAAGUGUAUUGAGUUGUCCUGUGGUGGUGUCAAGACCAUGAGGGACAAGAACAAGAAGGUGGCUGAGAUCCCAUUCAACUCCACCAACAAGUAUCAGCUCUCAAUUCAUGAAACCGAGGAGGAAGAUGACAACCGCUACCUGCUGGUGAUGAAGGGAGCCCCCGAGAGGAUCCUGGACCGCUGCUCUACCAUCAUGGUGCAGGGCAAGGAGCAACCUAUGGAUGAUGAGCUGAAGGAGGCUUUCCAGAACGCCUAUCUGGAACUGGGAGGACUGGGAGAGAGAGUACUGGGUUUCUGCCACCUUUUCAUGCCAGAGGACAAGUACCCAAAAGGUUUUGCCUUUGACACAGAUGAUGUCAACUUCCAGACAGACAACCUUUGCUUUGUGGGUCUCAUGUCCAUGAUUGACCCUCCCCGUGCUGCUGUGCCUGACGCCGUGGGCAAAUGCCGCUCUGCUGGCAUUAAGGUCAUCAUGGUGACCGGUGAUCACCCAAUCACAGCAAAAGCCAUCGCUAAAGGUGUUGGUAUCAUCUCUGAGGGCAACGAGACAGUGGAAGACAUUGCUGCGCGUCUGAACAUUCCCGUCAGUCAGGUCAACCCCAGGGAUGCCAAGGCCUGUGUCAUCCACGGUACAGAUCUGAAAGACCUCAGUCAGGAUCAGAUGGACGACAUUUUGAGGAACCACACAGAGAUUGUCUUUGCCAGAACCUCCCCACAGCAGAAGCUCAUCAUUGUGGAGGGCUGCCAGAGACUGGGCGCCAUCGUGGCUGUUACAGGGGACGGUGUGAACGACUCUCCCGCCCUGAAGAAGGCUGACAUCGGCGUUGCCAUGGGAAUCUCUGGCUCAGACGUAUCCAAACAAGCUGCAGACAUGAUCCUGCUGGACGACAACUUUGCCUCCAUCGUCACUGGAGUAGAGGAAGGCCGUCUCAUCUUUGACAACUUGAAGAAAUCCAUUGCUUACACUCUGACCAGCAACAUCCCAGAGAUCACCCCCUUCCUGUUUUUCAUCUUGGUCAACAUCCCGCUCCCUCUGGGCACUAUCACUAUCCUCUGCAUCGACCUGGGAACUGACAUGGUCCCAGCCAUCUCUCUUGCUUAUGAAGCAGCAGAGAGCGACAUCAUGAAGCGUCAGCCCAGGAACCCACUGAGGGACAAACUGGUCAAUGAGAGACUCAUCAGCAUCGCCUAUGGACAGAUUGGCAUGAUACAAGCUCUUGGUGGCUUCUUUGCAUAUUUUGUCAUCAUGGCUGAAAAUGGUUUUCUGCCGUCUACACUCGUCGGCAUCCGGCUCGACUGGGACGAUCGCUCCAACAACGACGUGGAGGACAGUUAUGGGCAGCAAUGGACCUAUGAACAACGUAAGAUCGUGGAGUUUACCUGCCACACAGCCUUCUUCGUCAGUAUUGUGGUGGUGCAGUGGGCAGAUGUCAUCAUCUGCAAGACCAGACGUAACUCUGUGUUCCAGCAGGGCAUGAAGAAUAAGAUUUUGAUCUUUGGCCUGUUUGAGGAAACUGCCUUGGCUGCAUUCCUGUCCUACUGCCCUGGCAUGGAUGUGGCACUACGGAUGUACCCACUCAAGCCCAGCUGGUGGUUCUGUGCGUUCCCGUACAGUUUCCUCAUCUUUGUUUACGAUGAGAUCCGAAAACUCAUCCUUCGCCGAAACCCUGGAGGCUGGGUGGAAAAAGAGACGUACUAUUAAAUUAUCAAAGCAUCAUUUACUUCUUACCCCAUCCUCCCCCGAACUUAUCCCUUCUUCUCUUUCGCCCUCUCCUCCUUCCCUCCAUCAAUCUCUCUUCUCAACAUGCUCAAAAUGUACAAGAAAACAAUGUUUACUCCCCCUCCUCCUCCCCCUCCUCCUCCUCCUCUCUCUCCCUCCUCUUCUCCUUCCCCCCCAUCCUCAUUUCUUAAAGGAAAAAAACAAAAACGCCAAGAUGACGAGAGGACCAACGACAGAGGAGGAGAGGAUGGGGAAGGAUCCUUCAAAUCCUCCCUGUCCUCUCCGUCCCUCUGUCCCUUUUUUUCUAUCCAAAGUCUUUACAGCACUAGUCUGCCAAUAACACUGUUUGUGCCGAUGCUUACACCACAGCCACUCUUCAUACUCAGAUCACAGCGCUCUGUGGGACUGAGCGGAGAAUAGAUUACAUUGAUUAGAGAGGUGAGAACUGUUCCACCGUGAUCACACCACGUGGCAGCUCCUGUCUAGACGACCUACUGGCCCAUCUGAGCGUUUGGGUGGCGUCAUUUUUUAAAAAUUUUUUUAUUCAGCCAGAGAAAAGCCGCCGGGAUCCAGCUCCGUAAUCACUGCCAUUUCCCGUCUGUCACCCGCUACGACAUCUCUCCCCCAUUCCCCUUCUUUUCUCUCUCCUCCUCUACUUCUAUUUAGUCACUGCCAAAAUGCUACUGCCGUCCUCUCCUCCUCCUCCUCCUCCUCCUCCUCCUGUCAAUAAAGAAUCAAUCUCACCCUAAACCCAACCACUCACUCACAUCCUCAACAAGGUGGAAAAAAAAGGUCACUCUCUCCGCCUCCCUCCCUCUCCGCCUCCCUCCCCUUCGUCCAUCCUCUCCCGUGUCUUUCUCUGCUUGUGUUCUUGUUGUUUUCUAAUAGACGACUGGGUGUUUUUUAAAACUUGUCCGUAAAAAGUUUUAUGUUUUCCUUCUUCUUCUUUUUUUUUUUUUUGAAGUUUGGAGUGGGUCUGAAGCUGCUUGUUUUCAUUCGGACAUGACAAAGCACACCGUCCCUCCCUUAUUCUCUCUCUCUUCUUCCUCUCUCACACUCCUCCUCCUCUAGCCUCCCUCCCUCCCUCCCUGCAGCCUGCCUCCCCCCUCCUCACCCUGCCUGUCUAUCUGUCCCUGUUUGUCUGUUUGUGAACACCGUGCAAAACCCUCCGUCCUUGUAAACUUCCACCCACUCUCACUACCUGCCUCCCUCCUCCCUCCCCCCUCAGCCCCUCCCUCCCUCCCUCCCUCCCCCCCAAUCUCAUCCCUGUUAAAAAAGAAAAUACAAUCUUUCUGUGUCCUCGGAAAAAGAGAUUUCUCUCCAAUUUCAUUAUUUAAAUCGGUGAAAAUGUGGAAUAAGGCACUGUACCUUAACCUGCGAAACAGCAGCAGCAACAACAACAAAAAAAAAGAGAAAAUGAAAUAAAAUAGAAGGAUCUCUCUUUUUUCAGCUUGGUCUCGAGUUUGUUUUUGUGUGGAGUUUUGUCAGAAAAUGGAAAUAAAUGCUGUGACCAACUCUUA